AAUGACACCUUUUUAGGUUUACAAUUAUCACCUCUUAAUUCUUCAAGCUUCCAACAAACUUUCCCACCAAAUAAUUAAGAUGAUUCAGCCUGCAGCACUGAACAAUCAUAGAGACUGACUUGAAAAAUUGCCCAUAUAAACCCAAUCAUCAAUUUCUUCUUCAUUUGGAGACUAAGUCCUUGACAUAGCUAGCAUUGUUUUUGCCAUCUGUAUUGGCAGGCAUUUUCCUAGUUACCCCUCUUUUUCAUUGCACUUCCAUUGUAUAAUUUCUCAGAGAGAAAUUCCUCUGUAGUGCCAUUGGCGGUUCUUGAGCAUAAUUGUGGACAUUGAUAUAUUUUUUUUAAUAUUUUUUUCCUACCUUCAUCUAUAGAAUGGAAGAGAAAUUAUCAUCAAAGAGCAUGGUAAGAUCAAUUUCAGACCAAAUAGAAGAGUUAAUGCAGUCCAGGGAAGUGUCAAGUCAUGGCGAAAGGGCUGCCAAUUCCAUCGGAAGACUUUCUUUGGAGCAUUUGGAUGAUGAUGAUGGAUCCAGGAAAGAGGGGUUAAUGGAGAGAAAAUUAAGUCUAGGCACAGUGGGUGCUGAGAAUAAGAGCCAGAGUCAGACCCCUCGUGCUAAAAAGCCUCCUCUGAGCAGGAAAAUUCAAAAGCAACCAUCACCAAGAGUUAGCGGACACAUACCCAAAUGGAAAAGUGGACAGUUCCGGAUUGACGAUGAACUAACUAAUAUGAAUGCAUUCUUUGAAGAAGUGGCUCUUAGCAGAGCUUCCAGUGCGAGUACCAGUAAUGGUUUAUCCUUCUCAAUUGCUGGCCCAGUUAUGGCUCCCAUUUCUACCUCCACUCCCACUGCCACUGGAGAUAUAGGGCUUAUCAAUGACUUGCAGGAAGCAAGGUUGCAUGCAAAAAUUGCUCUAAACAAAAAUGAUAGUGGAAUUAAGGGCGUGGACAUUGAAAAAGGGAUUACUGAACAAGCAAGAUCUUCCCCUCUGCCCCUUUUUUUGAAGUUCGUUGAUGUUAGAUACAAGGUAGUUUUGAAAGGCACGCCUACUAGUUUCCUGAGAAGGUCUUGGACUGAUCCAAUAUUUUUUGAGAAAGAUAUUCUUCAUGGCGUAACUGGUUGCGUUGUCCCGGGGGAAGUGCUGGCUAUGAUGGGUCCUUCAGGAAGUGGAAAGACUACUCUUAUUAAUCUGUUGGCUGGCAGAAUGCAGCAUUUCUCUGGUACCAUUACCUACAACGGCCAGCCUUACACAAAGGCCUUGAAGCAUAGGAUUGGAUUUGUCAUGCAGGAUGAUGUAUUGUUCCCUCAUCUCACAGUGCGAGAGACACUUACUUAUACAGCUCUUUUGAGGCUUCCUAGUACACUGACAAAGCAUCAGAAAGAGCAACGUGCUCAAGAGGUUGUUAGUGAAUUAGGCCUUGAAAGAUGCCAGGACACAAUCAUUGGAGGCAACUUUGUUAGGGGCAUUUCUGGAGGUGAAAGAAAGAGGGUCUGUAUUGGCUGCGAAAUUCUGAUCAAUCCUUCUUUACUAUUCCUAGAUGAACCUACUUCCGGUCUGGAUUCCACCACAGCACUUCGAAUUGUUCAGAUGUUGCAUGAUAUAGCUGAGGCUGGUCGGACAGUUGUGACCACAAUUCAUCAGCCAUCAAGUAGGCUGUUUUAUAAAUUUGAUAAGCUGAUCCUUCUUGGAGAAGGGCAUUCUGUCUACUUUGGUAAAGCAUCCAGCGCAAUGGACUACUUUUCAUCCAUUGGUUUCUCACCCCUUAUAGCCAUGAAUCCUGCUGAUUUCCUGCUCGAUCUCGCAAAUGGGAACACUUCGGAUGUCUCCAUCCCAACAGAAUUGAUGCAAAAGAUACAUAAAGAAUCUGAGAAUAUAGAGGAUUUGGAUGGAGAAAUUUCAAUAAGGCCAUCCGCUCAAGAUGUACAUGAGUACCUGGUAGAAGCAUACGAGAACCAUGUUGCUCCUGAAGAAAAAAUUAAACUGAUCCAAAGUAAUGAAAUAAGUGAAGACUUGAAAUCAGCACUAUCUGCAAGACGCGAAUGGGGUGCAACAUGGUGGGACCAGUUUUCUAUUUUAUUUGUCCGUGGGCUGAAGGAAAGGCGCCACGAAUACUUGAGUUGUCUGAGAAUUGCACAAGUUCUAUCGACUGCUUUUAUUCUUGGGUCGCUUUGGUGGCAGUCAAAGAUAGAUACUCCUAAAGGGCUUCAAGAUCAGACAGGGUUGGUGUUUUUUAUUGCUGUUUUUUGGGGAUUCUUUCCAGUCUUUACAGCGAUUUUUACAUUCCCUCAAGAGAGGGCAAUGAUAUCUAAGGAGCGUGCUGUGGACAUGUACAGAUUGAGUGCUUACUUUAUGGCCCGUAACUUAAGUGAUUUGCCUCUGGAUCUUUUUCUUCCAAUUAUAUUUAUACUGAUCGUUUACUUCAUGGCACACCUUCGCAUGACUGCUACAGCCUUUCUGUUGACCACGCUCACUAUUUUUCUUAGCAUCGUUGCCUCUCAGGGUCUUGGGCUGGCCAUUGGUGCUGCCUUUAUGAAUCUCAAGAAGGCAACAACUGUCGCUUCUAUAACCAUGCUGACAUUUAUGCUUGCCGGAGGCUUCUUCGUGCAGAAAGUCAAUGUAUUUAUCAAGUGGAUCAGGUAUCUCUCUUUCAACUACUACACAUAUAGGAUCCUCCUCAAAAUUCAGUAUGAUGCUCAGCAACUGUAUGAUUGUUCAAGUGGAUGUAAAAGUAUAGCAUGCGGAUGUAGAAGUAUAGCAUCAUCCCCAUCUCUCCGGGAUAUUCCUUUAAAUGGUGGCAUCAAAGAAGCGACCAUUAUGUUACUCAUGGUUAUUGCUUACCGUCUUCUAGCCUACUUUUCUUUGCAAAGAAUGAAAGUAAGUGUUUAAAAAAUAUCUACAAAUUAAAACAUGUAACAGGUGAGCAUGAGCCUGAAGCUUCAACUGUCAGGUCUAACUAUCUAGUAUUGUGUUGCCAUUAAAGAGGUGACUUCUAGGGAUUAUACCAUUGACCAUUGAAAUGAGGAGGUAGUUCUGCUAAUGAUGUCAUUGACUAUAAAUUGUAUUACAGUAGGAGGGUUUUAUCCUGUCUUCUGUUUAAGACAUAAGUCUUCCAUAUUUUGUUUGGCGAGGAUGCCUUACUUUUGUUUAUAUUGAGCUUUCCAAAGCUUUGAUGUUUGCCAGUAUUGUCAAUUUCA